AUGUCAUGCCCUCCGAUUCAAAACCACGAGGCAAUUUGGCUGCCUCUCCGGCCCCUUGUUGAUCAAGUCAAUGACCACGUUGAACGUGCCGCAUGGCAUUUAACCGUCGCAGCUUACGCCCCCGACACAGGGCCAGACACCGCAUGGCGGUACCAAAAAUACCAGCCGGUUUGGAAUAUCGCCGAGGCAUUCGAGAGCUUCCAACAAAAGCAGUCCAUUGGGAGAUACCGGGCGUCUAGCGACCUGCUCAUUUUCUCCUUCAUCCAAGCAUAUCGCUACCAACGAAAUGUCGCAUAUUGCACAUGGCAUGUUUAA